UCCUGUUUGCUAUUGUUGUGUGCUACGUUUAGAAAAUGAGAGUUAGAAGUAUUGGACUGUUACUGAUUUCUUGCUUGUGCUUGUCGUCCGCUAUGUUUUUUGACUUGGGAGAAAGAGAAGAAAAGUGUAUCAUUGAAGACAUUCCACAAGACACUUUAGUGACAGGGAAUUUUAAAAUGGAGCUCUGGGGUGGCAGCAAACGGGACUCUGCAUUUCAACUCGGCAUGAACGUAGCGGUGAGAGACCCGGACUUUCAGACUGUGAUGACUAAAAAAUACUCCCAGGAAGGAAAAUUCUCAUUUACCUCACAUACUUCAGGUCAACAUUAUAUCUGUUUACAGUCAACCUCAACUACAUUUGCUGUUUUUGCCGGAGACAAGUUGAGAGUUCACCUGGAUGUGCAGAUAGGAGAGCACACUCUGGACCCUUCCAUUGUCAAAGCCAAAGAUACAGUCAGAGCCAUGGAGUACAGAUUGAUGCAUCUGAUUGAAGAAGUGCGGCACAUCAUCAAGCAGCAGAACUACCAGAGGGAGCGUGAGGAAACCUUCAGACAAACAAGUGAAGACAUAAAUAGUCAUGUUUUAUGGUGGGCCAUCAUGCAGACCUUCAUACUCAUCACAGUGGGAGUCUGGCAAAUGAAGCAAAUGAAAGAUUUCCUCAUAGAGAAAAAACUAGUUUAAUAAUGUAAGACAAGGGAAAACCAUGUGUUGCCAAUAUACUUAGAGUACUGGUAGUUAAUUGUUUAAAUACAUACAGCAUGCAAGCAAAUAAUAAAAAAAAAUAAUGCGUAUUGUUUUACUAUCCUAGACUAUCAAGCUGAAGAUAACACUUUAAACAUUUGCCUCUGUAACAAUGACUCAGUUUAAAAUGAUGGUGUUCCUUCCUAGAAUUGAAUAACCGUUAAAAUCUAAAUUGGAGCUUUAAUAUUUAAUUCACAUGCCACAUUUUCAUUGCUUUCUUUCCUUAUUUUGUAAAUUAUUUGGUGUACUGUAUCUUUCCACCUAGAAAAACUGAGUAAA